AUGUUGCGCAACACCCUGCGCCAGUGCUCCCGCCAGCUCCAGUGCGCCCCGGCGAGAGCAACCUUCUCGAGCCUCGCACAGCCAUCACGAAGCGCCAUUUCCACCUGUCGCAGACCGCUCGCUCUGACCCAGCGCCGCCAGUAUGCCGUUUCUGCAGAAGACACCAACAAGGGCGUUGUGCGUACCUCUCCAGACCCCAACGACUCGUUCCUCCAGGGCAACACGGCCAACUACAUCGAUGCCAUGUACAUGCAGUGGAAGCAGGACCCCACCAGCGUCCACUACUCAUGGCAGGUCUACUUCCACAACAUGGAGUCGGGCGACAUGCCUGUGUCGCAAGCCUUCCAACCGCCGCCCAACAUCAUGAGCUCCCCCCAGGGCGGCGCCGCUCACAAGCCCGGAAUGGGCAUGGCUUCCGCCGAAGGUACAGACGUCAUGAACCAUCUCAAGGUGCAAUUGCUUGUGCGGGCUUACCAGGCUCGCGGUCACCACAAGGCCAAGAUCGACCCGCUGGGCAUCCGCUCCGAGGCAGAGCAGUUUGGAUACAGCAAGCCGCGCGAGCUUGAGCUGUCCCAUUACAACUUCACCGAGAAGGACCUGGAACAGGAAAUUGAACUGGGCCCAGGUAUCUUACCGCGCUUCAAGACCGAAUCCCGCAAGAAGAUGAAGUUGAAGGAGAUUAUUGAGGCCUGCGAACGCCUCUACUGUGGCUCUUACGGUAUCGAAUACAUCCACAUUCCCGACAGGGAGCAGUGCGACUGGCUCCGUGAGCGCAUCGAGGUCCCCACUCCCUUCAAGUACUCUGUCGACGAGAAGCGCCGCAUUCUGGACCGCCUGAUCUGGGGUACCAACUUCGAGGCUUUCCUCGCCACCAAAUACCCCAACGACAAGCGUUUCGGUCUUGAAGGAGGUGAGAGUUUGAUUCCCGGAAUGAAGGCUCUCAUCGACCGAAGUGUCGACUUCGGCGUCAAGGACAUCGUCAUUGGUAUGCCGCAUCGUGGACGUCUCAACGUGCUCUCCAACGUCGUCAGGAAGCCCAACGAGUCCAUCUUCAGCGAGUUUGCCGGUACUGCCGAAGCCAACGAAGAGGGCUCUGGUGACGUCAAGUACCACUUGGGUAUGAACUUCGAGCGCCCUACACCAUCUGGAAAGCGUGUGCAGCUGUCUCUAGUCGCCAACCCGUCCCAUCUUGAAGCCGAAGACCCCGUCGUACUGGGCAAGACCCGCGCCAUUCUGCACUACAACAACGAUGAGAAAGAGGCCUCCAGUGCCAUGGGUAUGCUCUUGCACGGUGACGCCGCUUUCGCUGGACAAGGUAUUGUAUACGAAACCAUGGGUUUCCAUCAGCUUCCCAGCUACCACACUGGUGGAACCAUCCACAUCAUUGUGAACAACCAGAUUGGUUUCACUACGGAUCCCCGAUUCUCUCGUUCUACUCCAUACUGCUCCGACAUUGCCAAGGCCAUCGAUGCACCCGUCUUCCACGUCAACGGUGACGACGUCGAGGCUCUCAACUUUGUCUGCCAACUGGCUGCCGACUUCCGUGCUGAGUUCAAGAAGGACGUGGUAAUCGACAUGGUGUGCUACAGGAAACAGGGUCACAACGAGACUGACCAACCUUUCUUCACCCAGCCUUUAAUGUACAAGAAGAUCGCGGAACAACCUCAAACACUGGACAUCUACACCAAGAAGCUGCUGGACGAGAAGACCUUCACCAAGGAAGACAUCGAUGAGCACAAGGCUUGGGUCUGGGGCAUGUUGGACGAGAGCUUCAACCGCAGCAAAGAUUAUGUGCCAAACUCCAAGGAGUGGCUUACUUCGGCCUGGAACGGCUUCAAGUCGCCCAAGGAACUCGCCGAGGAGGUUCUGCCUCAUCUACCGACUGCCAUUGAGGAAUCCCAGUUGAAGCACAUCGCAGAGAAGAUCGGCGGUGCACCAGAGGACUUCAACGUACACAAGAACUUGAAGCGUAUCUUGGCUGGCCGCACCAAGACUGUCACCGACGGCAAGAACAUUGACAUGGCUACUGCGGAAGCGUUGGCAUUCGGAAGUUUGUGCAUGGAAGGUCAUCACGUUCGUGUUUCUGGGCAGGAUGUCGAGCGUGGAACCUUCUCCCAGCGCCAUGCUGUGCUCCACGACCAGGAGACUGAGAAGACAUACACUCCUCUCCAGAAUCUCAGCGAUGACCAGGCUACCUUUACCAUCUCCAACUCCUCUCUUAGCGAAUACGGAGUGCUUGGCUUCGAAUACGGUUACUCCUUGUCUUCACCCAACGCCCUUGUCAUGUGGGAGGCUCAGUUUGGUGACUUCGCCAACACUGCCCAGGUUAUCAUCGAUCAGUUCAUUGCUUCUGGUGAAGUCAAGUGGCUUCAACGUUCCGGUCUCGUCAUGAGCUUGCCGCACGGUUACGACGGUCAAGGUCCUGAACACUCGUCAGGACGCAUGGAGCGCUACCUGCAGCUCUGCAAUGAGGACCCCCGUAUCUUCCCAUCCCCCGACAAACUCGACCGUCAGCACCAGGACUGCAACGUCCAGAUUGCCUACACAACGAAGCCGUCGAACCUCUUCCAUCUCCUCCGUCGUCAAAUGAACCGUCAAUUCCGCAAGCCUCUGAUCCUGUUCUUCUCCAAGUCGCUACUUCGCCACCCGCUCGCUCGCUCCAACAUUGAGGAGUUCACUGGUGACUCGCACUUCCAGUGGAUCAUCGAGGACCCCGCGCACGCUAGUGGAGAGAUUGAAUCGCAUGAGGGCAUCAACCGUGUCAUCCUCUGCACAGGUCAGGUGUACGCUGCGCUCGUUAAAGAGCGUGAAGCGCGCGGUGAGAAGGAUGUGGCUAUUACCCGUAUCGAGCAGCUCAACCCCUUCCCAUGGCAGCAACUAAAGGACAACCUCGACUCGUACCCCAACGCCCAGAACAUCAUCUGGUGCCAGGAGGAGCCACUUAACGCCGGUGCCUGGAGCUUUACACAGCCCAGAAUCGAGACACUCCUCAAUCAGACAGAGCACCACAACAGGAGACACGUCAUGUACGCCGGACGUAACCCUAGUGCAUCCGUAGCAACUGGAUUGAAGGUGUCGCACAAGAACGAGGAGAAGGCCCUGCUCGACAUGGCUUUCACGGUCAAGCAGGACAAGCUGAAGAGCGAGUAG